UUCCGUAUUGAGAUGUUGCCACAAAUCACUUGACUGCAUGUCGAUCGAACGUGAACUCGAUACAGAAAUGUGGACUGUUCGAAUUGUUAUUACUGUAUUAACUAUUUAUGAAGUCGGUGUUUCGGAUGCCUUGUCAACGGGGUAUAUGGUGCUCGGAUCCAAUAUGAAGAGUAUGUCAAAUGACACGACCCACUUGCUCUCAAUUCCGCUUGAGACAGAAAACGGAACCACUAUCAUUGCCACAAACCGUGAAUGGAUGAUUAGUUACGAGAACUACUUAAGUCGACCUGAGAGUAUCGACGUGGAUUACGGUCGGAAGCAGUUGUACAUUUAUAACCGCUACACGGCGGCUCUUCAGAAACUAAAUUUUUAUCCUGAGAACGGUUUUCCAAAUGUGACACUUACAUAUCUGCAUUCCGGACUUUCUAGAGGCGAAGUGAAGAUAGCUUUGGAUUGGAUCUCAAACAACAUUUACUGGACAGAUCCGACGUUUAGAUGGGUCGCAGUUCAGUCAUUACGAAAUGAUGGACAUUACAAACUUAUCGUUAACGAUAACGUCGAGAAACCUACUGGAAUUGCCGUCGAUCCGAUUCACCAAUACCUAUUUUGGAGCGAUGUUGGGUCAUUGCCGAAGAUCGAGCGAUCCAGUCUUACCGGAAGCAGCCGUAAAACCAUAGUGUCUCAGGGCAUAUCAUAUCCAAUAGCUUUGGAUGUGGACAUUUCCUCGUCAAAGCUGUACUGGGUUGACAAUUACCGUGACUCUGUGGAGCGAUCAAAUUUAGAUGGUACAGAACGAAUGAUGAUUAAAAGAUUGGCGCACUCGACAUUUCUGGACAUACAAGUCUUUUCCGACGUUAUUUUAACAACAGAUAUUGACCUUAACUUAGGCGGAUUAGUGCGUCUAUUUAACAAGGACACCGGCGUAGACGACAAAGGCAACACAAUUGUCCGAUCAGCUAAAAUGGAUUUUCACAUUACCUGUGUAACUUUGUAUGCACCACAACCUACGACGACAGAUCAUUGUGCAAGCAGUCCCUGUGAGAGCAUAUGUGUGAGUGAAUCUACAAGACCCGUGUGUCUGUGUGCGGAGGGAUUUGCGUUGAAUUCAGAUGGACGCACCUGUUCUGAGACUACUGGUUCCCUUCAUCGUGCCUUAGUCUGGGCUACAACAACAACUUUAUGUGCUGCUGAUAUACGAGGGAUUCACGACGAAAGUGAAUACAUAACGUCUAACAAGACCUGUUUCUCUAAUGUUGGAUCAGACAUAAAUUGGAUAACAGUCGAUUCUCACGAUCGAAAUAUAAUCUUUGCGGACGGCAGUGACAUAUUUGCGAUGACAUUGGAUGGAGUUCAUACAAAGCAACGUAUUAUAUCGGCAACGGAAACCGUGACUGGCCUCGCAGUAGAUUGGGGAGACAAGAACGUUUACUGGUGCCAAGGACAGCAAUCUGGAACAGGGAAAAUAAAUGUUUUUUCUCAAACAACUACAAACAUACAUACGCUCAUUUCAAGCGGAUUGGAUAAUCCAAAGGCUCUAAAUAUUAUUCCUUUACUAAGAACAAUGGUAUGGAUUAAUGGGAGAUUAGGAAGCUAUCAGAUCAAGAAGGCUCAUGUCCAUGGAACCGAUAUUCAGACUAUUGUAAGUUUUAUGGACUUGUCCGAACCUCGAGACCUUACUGUUGAUGCAGAUUCCCAAAGACUGUAUUUUAUUGACGGAAACACUUUAAAAUCAGUGCAGUUAGAUGGAACUAAACUGACAUCAGUAGACGGUGGGGUUGCAAACUCUAUUCUACCUCUAAAACUUCAUUCAUACAAGAAUCACCUUCUUGUGGCUGACGCAGGCAUCAAAAUUGAUGUUGUGUCCCUGCCAUAUACAGGAAGCGUAACUCUUAAUACUCUUGUAUCAGUUACUGAUAUUUGUGUAGUUGAUAUCACCGAACAGCCAAACGAGAACGGUCCUUGCGAUGCUGAUAAUGGAAAAUGUGAACACAUUUGUAUUCCACUUGGUCGAAACAGAGAAUGUCAGUGUAGCUAUGGUUACAUUCUUGAUAGCAACAAGGAAACGUGCUCAUCAGAACCACUGUCGGACAAUUUUAUGUAUGUUUCGGAUUGGACCCAUGAUAAAGUAUAUCAAGUUUCUCUAAUAAAUGACGCUGUAAACGCUCUUGAUAGUUCGACCGUCGAUCGCCCUACUGGAGUUCUUUAUAAUUCAAUAACGAACAGAAUCUAUUGGGGUGAAACCACAUCGAAUUAUAUUCAGUCUGCAAAUGUCAACGGUUCGGGAUAUUCGGUGCUAUUUGAUGUUGGGGCGUAUCGCGCACACCCCGACAGGCUGGCUCUAGACUACAGUACGGGAAACAUUUACUACACUGCUGUCAGUACAAGUCAGUUGCCAACAAGUUUCACCGGAAUCGGAGUUGUGUCUCCUAAUGGUCAACAUAGAAAAUUGAUCUCGGGAGGUGUACAGCCGAGAGCAGUUGAAAUUGACCCAAGCAAAGGAUUUCUGUUUUGGACCGACCACGGUACAUCACCUGCAGUAUUAAAACGCGCCCAUACAGACGGCACCAACAUUGUUACACUGUUUGCAUCAAUGGAAUGGCCUAACGGGAUUGCCAUUGACAGAUCGGCAAGCGCAUUAUACGUUACCGAUGGCAAAACGAACAUAAUCUACCGCUGUGGGUAUGAGGCGAACACGUGUGUUCAAUACUUUAGUGACCCUGGAGUUCAACUCAUGGACAUUAAACUUCUCGGAAACUAUCUCUAUUACACUGCUUGGAAUAAAGUGUACAUAACUAAAUUGCACAAAAUUAACUCAAGCGACAUCGCUAAGUUAGCAAACAAUGCAGAACUCGGCAGAUUGGAUUCUAUUUCUUUGUACUCUUCAACCUUUCUCCCAACAAAUGUCCAGUCACAAUGCCGCAGUAAUAAUGGACGAGGAAACUGCAGCACGCUCUGUCACCCAACACCGUACAGCUUCACGUGUGGAUGCCCUGACGGAGAGCAACUGCUUCCGGAUGCAAAAACCUGCCCUAGUGCUUUAACACCAACCUCAUCAUCCACAUCAACAUCAACAACCACAUCAUCCACAACAUUUCUAACAACAACAACUGCAACAACAAAGACAACGUCAACUUCUUUCAUGACAACGUCCACGGCUACCAGUACGCCAUCUCCUGGAAUUGGGGACAUUAAAAGCAACGAUGACAAAACUUCUUCCUCCCUAAUCAUGUACAUUGGAGCAGGAGCUGGUGGAACUGUAGCUAUUGUCAUCAUUGUCGUCGUAAUCGUCAUCGUCUUAAUAAAAUGCGGAAGAAAGGCACAAACUGUUGCACGGUACGAACAUAAUCCACAAAGUGGCCUCUCUAACGACGGGUUCGAGCAUAGUGCCGUGUAUGAGGAAGGAGCUGUAACCUUUCGAGCGAAAGGCGAAAAGCCAUACUCAGUGCCGGGUAAUCUCGGAGGGGUAACUCAUUACUCGAGGAAUGAAAACACAUACAGUACACUGCAGAACGUGAACAACAUAUACGACACGAUCGAUCGUAUCAGUGACUGCCCAACCACUGAUGCGCCUCCUCCCCCGUCUGAUUGGAGACACAUGCCUCCUCCGUCAACUGAUUGGGGAAACGUGCCUCGAAGUGAUGCGCCUCCUCCACCCUAUGAUUGGAGACAAAUGCCUCGAAGCAGCGAGCUCUCUGGUGUGUAUUUAACACCAUCUGAGGGACGCAGAUCAGUUAUGAAUUCGUCUGACAAUUUCUCCGACAGUGGAAGUAGUGGUCAACAUUUUAACUGGCCGCGUUGAUACUUAAAAAUGGCAUGUGUUUGAUAUUCAUAUGUGUACGUUCUUGAAAUGGACACCAUGUUGUUGUUUUUUGUUAACAAAAAUAAUAGUUUUGCUGCCUGUACUUAGCAACCGUAGUUUGAGAAAAUUAGACAAUUAAAUAUUCAAAGAAUUGUUUAUUGAACAAAAACAAGAAAGGUAUAUACGAUCAAAUUAUUCAAAAUUAUUUAUAACUAUAUGGUAGCAAUAGUUUGUAAAUUUAAAAAAUACUUUUGUGAAUACGUUUUACAACUUAAUAAUAUUGUUUUACAUCGUUGUGUUAUUUGUAAAUUAUGUCAAGUUAGGUAAAGAAAACACGUUUUAUACACAUUUGUAUAUACACAGUAUAGGUUUUGUUGAACCGUUAAUGAGGAUUCGUUGAACAUAUUUAUGUUGUUUUUUGUUUCUGAUGAAACGAACAUAUCUUUCAAUUAUAGGAACAUGUUGUUAGCAGUGAUAUAAUAUAAUCAAUAUGGUGAUAUUCACAUUUUCAAAUAUCAUUAUACAAAUCAAUGAAUGUAUUUCUACAAUUCUAUACACAUGCUGUAGUCAUCUCGUUGAUGUGUAUAGGCCUGAAUAUAUACCGUUUAAGUGAUGAUUUUAAAUACAUCUUUAUAGGACGAACGAACGUUUCCAUAUUCUAUUUAAAAAUACUCAUAGUUUGUAUUUAAUAUAUGAACGACAGUUAAUGCACAUAUCUAUUGAAUGUAUGCAGCAUAGAAAUGCAUCUUUAAAAAUGACGAUAUUAGGUUCAAAUAUACCCACAUAUAUCCUAACACUAAAAUAAUUGAACUAUGCAAUGAAUAUAAUACUUUUUUAUCUUAUAGCAUUCUGAUUACUCAACGUAAAUGUUUAAUGUGAAUGUUUAAAUCAUUAUGUGUGGUAUACUAAUAUUGUAGUCUAUAUAUCGAUACACUAAUUGUUUAAAAACAUUAUUUAUGUGUAUAAUUCAUCCGUAUUGUUUUAUAUAUAACGUAUGUAUACAGAAUGAAUAUGGCAUAACUAGACAAAGUUUAUUUUUCAGUUUCUCCAUAAAGUAAAUUGUAUGUGAAGUAAUAUUCAAAGUACGAGCUUGUUUUAUUUAUUUCUACAAUGAUAACAUUUUUGAACUCAUUAACCACUUAUUGCAUUUAAUGAUGUGCUCAUCAUCACUGUGCUUUACUUAUGUGUCAUACCUGUUCAAAAUAAACUAUAAAACUGUAA